CACCCCACCGCCCCACGUCACCGAGGCAGCGGCUUUAGCGGUCGUGUUACGGUCGCCAUGGCAACGUGAUCCACUUAGCUCAGCGUUGGCGGCGGCGAUGGCGACGACGACCACGAUGACGACGAUGAUGAUGGUGGUGGUGGCGAUGUUAUCCGCUCUCCUUCGCUCGCGCGCGUCUCCCCCGGCGCAGGCGACAUGAAGAAGCGCGGAGCCACCAACACCACCAAUAACCCCACCACCAACAACAACACCACCAUCAACAACAACAACGGUGGUGGCCUCGGGACCGCCGGGCCCACCUCGAGCAAGCGAGGUCGCGGCCACGGCCUCGCGCCGGCCACGCCGCGCCUCGACCACGGCCACACCGCGGCCGCCGCGGUGUGGCCGGCGGCGCCCGUGGGCGACUCCGCUCACCAGCCGGAGGCCCGCCUCAACGCCAGGGUCGCCGCGCUCUUACACGUCCCCGCCGCCUCCACGUCGUCAUCCUCCUCUUCCAGGUCGUCGUCCAUCACGCAGCUCAACAACGGCGACAAGAAGGGCCAAGACGUCCUGAGCCAUCACGGCCUGGGUCAACAGGGCCUGGGCCAAGACGGCCAGGGUCAACAGGGUCAACAGGGCCAUCACGGCCAGGGUCAACAGGGCCAGGAUCAACAGGGUCAACAGGGCCUGGGCCAAGACGGCCAGGGUCAACAGGGUCAACAGGGCCAUCACGGCCAGGGUCAACAGGGUCAACAGGGCCUGGGCCAAGACGGACUGGGCCAAGACGGCCAAGACGUCCUGAGCCAUCACGGCCAGGGCCAAGACGGCCAGGGUCAACAGGGCCAAGACGGCGACGUCGCCUCCUCCUCCUCCGCGUGCUCGUCUCGGGGGGGCCCCUGCGGCCCCCACUGCGGCUUCCCGGGCCCCUGCCUGGGCGAGGCCGCCCCGGACUGGGGCCGGCUGCCUGCCGAGCUGCUGCUGCACGUGUUCACCUGGCUGCCGCUGGUGCAGCGGGCACGCGCAUGCCAGGUGUGCCGCUCGUGGAACCAGGCGUUCCACCGGCCGGAGCUGUGGCGUCGUUUCGAGUUUGAGCUGAGCCAGCCGGCGUCGUCCUACCUCCGUGCCACGCAUCCCGACCUCAUCCAGCAGAUCAUCGCGCGCCACUCGACGCACCUGCAGUACGUCAGCGUCAAGGUGGACAGCAGCAAGGAGUCCGCGGAGGCGGCGUGCAAUAUCCUGUCGCAGCUCGUCAACUGCUCGCUCAAGACGCUGGGCCUCAUCUCCACGGCACGGCCGAGCUUCCUCGACGUGUCCAAGGCUUACUUCGUGUCGGCCCUCACCGUGGUGUUCGUCAACUCCAAGUCGCUGUGCUCGCUCAAGGUGGACGACACGCCGGUGGACGACCCCUCCCUCAAGGUGCUCGUGGCCAACAACAGCGAGACGCUCAAGCUGCUCAAGAUGAGCAGCUGCCCGCACGUGUCGCCCUCUGGUAUCCUGUGCGUGGCCGACCAGUGCCACGGGCUGCGCGAGCUGGCUCUCAACUACCACGUGCUGAGCGACGCGCUACUGCUGGCGCUGUCGUCCGAGCGCCACGUCCACCUGGAGCACCUGCGCGUGGACGUGGUGAGCGCCGAGCCGGCGACGUUGGGACCCGCGUCGCGGCGCUUCCACUCCAUCCGCCGCUCCAGCUGGGACGCGCUGCUCACCCACUCCCCCCACGUCAACCUCGUCAUGUACUUCUUCGUGGGCGACGAGGAGGAGUUCGAGCCGUUCUUCCGCGACGCCACCCCCGUCACGCACCUCUACUUCGGCCGCUCGGUGAGCAAGGCCGUGCUGGGCCGCGUGGGCCUGCACUGCCCGCGCCUCGUCGAGCUGGUGGUGUGCGCCAACGGCCUGCAGCCCCUGGACGAGGAGCUGCUGCGCAUCGCCGAGCGCUGCGGCAGCCUCUCGGCGAUCGGGCUGGGCGAGUGCGAGGUGUCGUGCUCCGCGUUCGUGCAGUUCGUGCGGAUGUGCGGCGCCCGCCUGGCGCAGCUCUCCAUCAUGGAGGAGGUGCUGGUGCCCGACCAGCGCUACGGCAGCCUCGACGAGGUGCACGGCGACGUGUCGCGCCUGCUCGGGCGCGCCUGGUACCCCGACAGCAUGCCCACGUGGUGACGACGGCGGCGGUGGCGAUGGGGAGAGGCGGUGGCCAGGCGGUGGUGGUGACGGGGAGGCGGUGGCCAAGAGGUGGUUGUGAUGGAGACACCUGGACUGUGGUGGAGGGGGAGGUGCUGAUUGAAGGUCGAGGAGUUAGUGAAAGGAAGAGAGGACGAGAAGGGUGAUUACGGUGACCAUGAACCGGAGGGAGGGAACCUUGUACCCCUACAGCGUAUCCACGUGGUGACGACAGCAAAGAGGUGGUGAUGGAAGAGUUGAGGGGUGAGAGGAGGUGGUGGUGGUGAUGGCGGUGGUGAGGAGGGCUGGGAGGAUAGGACUUGGAGGAGGAGUGAGAGGAGGGAGGAUCUGGUGGAGUGGGAAUGAAGGAGUGGGGAGGAUGACUACCUCAUCUGGAUUUGUUUGAGGCUCUGAGUGACUGAGAAGAGCUCCUGUGAAGAGAACUAAAGAAAACUGUGAAGAGCUGACUGUGAAUAUGGGAGUUGCUGUGAAGAGCUGACUGGGAAGAGGUGACUGAAUAGCAACCAUGGAAGUUGUGAUAGAGUGGGUGAGUGAAUAGAUGGGUGAGUGAAUGAGUGAUUAGGUGAGUUGGUAAAUGAGUGAUUUUAUGAGCGGCUGAAUGAUUGGGUGAGUGAGUGCAUCAGUCAGGGGUCAAGUGAGCGCAUGAGCGGGUGAGCGGAGGGAUGAGUGGGUGAGUGUGUGAGUGAAUGAGUGAUUUGGUGAGUGGGUGAAUGAGUUGUUUGGUAAGUGGGUGAAUGAGUGGGAGAGUGAGCGGAUGAGUGAACGACUCAGUGGGUGAGUGAUUGGGUGAGUGAAUGAUCGAUCGGGUGAGUGAGCUGUUGUGACCAGCACUGUGGUGGUGGUUGAUGAGAGGACGCAGUAUCUGUGUGGUUGGGAGUCACUCUGGGUUCCAAGUCUAUACACAAUGCUUGGUGACACUGACGCUCUGCCCACGCAGUCUUGUUAGGGCAAGCGCUGUUAGCGAGUAGCACCGAUGAAGGCCGGCACGGUACACCUCUGGUGUGGCCAGCACCACUUUUGUCUCCCAAGUUGCUGAUAUUCUAUAAACUGUGCCACGUACUCACUCAUUCAAGGCUGAGCCGACCUAGGGUAGGUCCAUAACGCUUUCAUAUAUUCGCCGUUGAGUUUAGCCACGAGCUAACACACACACCGCACUCUGGAUUUUAGCGGUGACUAGUCAGACCACUGAGAUGACUUGCCGUACUGCCCUAUGAAGUGUAUAAUAGGCGGCGUUUCAGGCAAUGCCCCUCUCUCAUAGCACAGAGAAGUCGGAGAUGUAGAGACAGGGAGGUCGUGCAGUGGAGACAGAGCAAUCCACUUUCUCUGCCCCCUCUCUGUGCUAUGAAGAAGGCCCAUUGUCCGAAACGUCGCCCAUUAUCAAUGUCUUCUUCGUCUUCGUGUGGCUGAUUUCGUUAUUGAGCAAAAGCUGUGAUUCUUACAUUGAGGUGGCUGAUGAGCCGCGUGAUUCCGUCAGGAAGGAGUGGAGUAGUGCAUCACAGACAGAUGUGAUGCACUACUGCACUCCUUCCUUUGUAUAGAGAUCCCUAUGUGAAUCUAUAGAUCUCUGUGUGAGUAUGGAUCCCUGUGAGACUAUGGGUCUGUAUGUGAAUCUAUAGAUCUCUGUGUGAGUAUGGAUCUCUGUGAGACUAUGGGUCUGUAUGU